AUGUGACUGGCCUAUACCGGUUGAUGCACGCAGUUUUAGUUGGCUUGUCUUAUUCCACUGUUACACGUCGUCUUAGUUGCUAGUGGCUGAUAACUCGGUUGCCAUCGAGUUGGAAAAAUCAAAGCAAACGAAGAGCUACUAGUUCAUCAUUUACAGAUGAAGAUUUUCGGCAAUUGGCUCGGUUUCUUGGCCGUUGCGACUGGGGCCGCUCACCUCAUCUUCGCUAUCGAUUCGAAUUCAAUCGACUCGGAUAAAUCAAAGUCGGACGGGGAUACAACUACCAAGAAUCCCGAGAAAGGAAGAGCGUCUUAUGUGUGGGAAAAGAGAGUAAGUCCACCGUAUCCUUACCAACAUCAGUAUCAUCACUACAAGUCGAUUGUAACACCAGCGCAGCAUUCAAACACGUAUCCAGGUGUGGAUUAUGUGAAAUCGAAUUUCCAUCCAACGGUUAGCUCUCGAAUAGCUAAUAUAGCCGUAACCGAUCAUCAACAACUAGAGAGACAUGGCCAUCCUAAGAAGACUUAUGGUUACAGCGGAGGUGGUGGUGGUGGUGGAGGCCAUUAUUACCCGGCACAGCCUUUACCCUAUUACCCACCGACAAAAGGACAUAGUCUUAGUUUCGGCAGUUUCGGAUUCUUCAAACCGUUGUUCUUGAUUCUGAUUCUGCCAUUCUUCUUGAUUUUAUUCUUCACGACUAUCGUCUACGUGGUGCAAGUAGUCGCCGCCUCGUCAUCGUCCACUACGGCAGCACUCAGUCAACAACAACAGCAGCAACAGGACAGCAACAACAACAAUAAUAACGCCAACAACAACAACAACGAUAACAACAACAAUGCUAUUAUUUUAUCCUCUGGUACGGGCACGUUUGUUAUUACCAUCAACGCCACUGGAAGGGACAAUGAUGACGAACGAUUGAGCAUGUUUAAAAAUGCCGCUUCCUUAUUCAAUUGGCAUAAUUCAUUUCGUGUAUUACCGCCCAUGUUGAAUGAAACAUCGUUAUUAGCGUAACGAAAUCGAAUUGAUACACCGUGUGAAAUAAUGGCGAUGUUUGUUAGUGAAUAAAGUCCAUGUACGUGUCGUGUAAAUUCUAUUUUCUAUUCGUGGUACUUGUAUUUAUUUUAUGUGGGAAUUGAUAAAGGUGUAUGAAGGGUAUUGCCAUUACUGGAUUAUUGGCCAGCACAAUACAAUUCUUGUUAUCAGGCAA